AUGUCAUCGGCGCAGGCGCCUGUGUCUACUGCUACACCUGCAAUGACGGCUGUACCGGAUGCCGCUGGAGGUGUGGGUAGUGCUCCCACGCCAGCAGUGAAGAAGAACUAUCAUGGGUUUGUGGCUGGGGUGUUUUCAGGGAUUGCGAAGCUGAGCGUUGGUCAUCCAUUCGAUACCGUCAAAGUCCGCCUCCAAACAAGUAAAGACGGCCACUUCCGCGGACCGCUGGAUUGCACCCUGCAGACAGUCCGCAAAGAAGGUGUGCGAGGUUUAUACAAGGGCGCGACGCCUCCGCUGGUCGGAUGGAUGGUCAUGGACUCUGUUAUGCUCGGCUCAUUGACGUUGUACCGCCGACUGCUCCUCGAGAACGUCUUCUCCAAACCUCAUAUUCGCCCGUGGAUCCCCUUCUCGCGCAGCCAGCCAGACCUUAAUGUGCUUCCGAGCUUCGGGCAUGGUAUAGCUGGGGUCAUGGCCGGUACGACGGUUAGCUUUAUUGCUGCGCCGGUCGAGCAUAUCAAGGCCCGGCUGCAGGUGCAGUAUGCCGCGGAUAAGUCGAAGCGGAUGUACAGUGGUCCGAUUGAUUGUCUGCGCAAGAUAACCCAAACCCAUGGCAUCCAGGGCCUCUACCGCGGCCUGUUCGCAACGAUCCUCUUCCGCUCCUUCUUCUUCGUCUGGUGGGGCUCCUACGACGUGAUAACGCGCUACAUGCAGCACUCGACCUCUCUCUCUGCGCCAUCUAUCAAUUUCUGGGCUGGUGGCAUCUCCGCCCAGCUCUUUUGGCUCACCUCCUACCCGUCCGACGUGGUCAAGCAGCGUCUAAUGACCGAUCCCAUGGGCGGAGCGCUCAAUGACGGCCAGCGCCAGUUCCGUGGCUGGAAGGAUGCUGCCGCGGCCGUCUGGCGAGAGCGCGGGUGGAGAGGGUACUGGCGGGGCUUCGUACCCUGCUUCUUGAGAGCGUUCCCGGCGAAUGCGAUGGCGCUGGUUGCGUUCGAGGGCGUGAUGCGCUGGCAGACAUGA